UCAGGAGCCUAUAUUUUACAGAUAUUAUUCUGAAUCUGAAAUUUAAUUAACUUUUGCAGUGUUAUAUGAAUAUAAAUAAUGAUCCGUCAAAUGUUAAAAGUUUUGAUGAAGUUUGUUGAGUUGCACCAUAUGAAUAAAAAAUCAGAGAAAAAUCACACUCAUCUUAAUUGAAAGCGUGAAUCUUCCUCUUUUAUUUGCAUACUCGCAAAUCUAAUAUAACUUUCCUUUCGCCAAGUUAUUUAAUGCUGAAGUGACAAUAGUAUUUUGACUUUGACCACUUAUACUAGACAAACAAUAAAAGGCAUGACGUUUGCUAAACAACAACGAAUGUAAAGCUGAUAAUUUUCUCUGUAAAAUAUAUGUAUUAUAUUUUUCAUAAAAAUACAUUUUGGAUGUGAAAACUUAACUGGAAAAUGAGAUUAAAAAUAAACAGUCGCAAUUUUUCAUUUUACUCAAUAUUUCCUUACGAUGAAUAACAGUAAUGAUAUGAAUGUAAGAAUGUAAGAUUUAUGAAAAAUAGAGAAGUCAAGUUUUAAAAUGCUUUUCGUACCAUUUCAUUAUCACUAGUUCUGUCGAAGUUACAGCUUAUUGAAUUUUACAAUAUUCCAAAAUAAACGAAAAUGUGUCUACCCAGUCGUUGAGUCAUACUACUUGCUGAUGAAGUGUCUGAUUUAUUGUUAAGUUGUACCACGACUUCAAUUCCUCAGGACUGCGUGCCAAAACCCUAUUUGCAAGUAAAGUAACAUUUAAUUGAUCAGUCAGAACAAAAAGAGCAAAGCAUUCUUUAUCACGAUUAAUUAAUUAUUGCUACUCUACCCGUCGAAAAUUUUAGAACGCAGCCCAAUGAGUAUGGUCUCGCCUCGUAGCGGAGACUUGAGAAUUAAAAGUUAACGCCAUAUGUUCAAGACGAGCCUUUUUUCAACCAACAUUUAUUGAUUAUUUAAUUAAAUGUCAAUUUCAAAUCAAGUCAAGUCAAAUUCAAAUCCUUCUAAUGAGAUCGAACUUUAACAAACCCUCCACCGGCAAUAGGGAAACUUGAAGACACAAUCGAUUCCUCACUUAUGAAUUUUGGGAUAAGUAGUAGAUGACGGAAGGAUUCGGUAUCCUCUCCUAAAAAAUUAUAGAUUUUUGGUACCGGCACAGUCAAUUUUUUAACGCAGCUUAUGUGUAUGUAAAGACAUCAGUAUUUGUCGGUUGCUGUCAAUAUUUAGCUGUUCGUUUUCUAAUAAGGACAAGUGAAACUCGUAAACAAUAAGGACGCGUUUGCAUCCUCAGCGACCUAAGUUGCAAAUCACAUUUUCCAAAGAUGUCGGAAAGAGAUGGAGUACAGCUUUUAUAUCUAAUGUACGAGCUUCAUCAUAAUGUACUUUGCUGCGAACUUUCUGAUGAAGAAAAUGAUCAUGUGGAGAUUGAACAUGAAGAAAAUGACGAGCAGGAUGCUGAUGAGGAUGCAGACUUUGAUCCACGGACAGAACAUGCCUCUGAUGAUGAAGAUAAUAAAUUGGGACCUAGAUCACGAGAAAAUAGUCGAGGUCGUCGUCGGUCCUUUUUAAAAGGGAAAGAUAACUUUGUGUGGUCUACGAAUGCACCUGAGACACAGGAACAGACCUCGAUGAAAUUGUACCAGCCUUCAGCUAAGUUUGAGGCAAAAGAUGUAACUACACCAUUGGAAGCUUGGUCGUUGCUAUUCUCACUAGAUAUUUUGGAAAUAAUCGUGCAAUACACCAAUGAGGAGAUACAAAGGAAGAGAGAAAAUUUCUCAUAUCAGCAAUACUAUGGCAAUACAGAUAUUGCAGAAUUGAAAGCCUUCCUAGGAUUGUUAUAUUUCAGUGGUUUUACAAAAAAUAAUCAUUCGAAUAUUGAAGAUAUGUGGUCAUCCCGAUUUGGUUGUACUUUGUAUAAAGCUGUCAUGACACAACAUCGUUUCACAUUUUUGUUAACGUGUCUUCGUUUCGAUGACAGAAAAACAAGAAACGAACGAAGAGCCGAGCAUGCGUUAGCACCAAUAAAAGAGAUUUGGGAUUUAUUUAUUGAUAAUUGCGCGAAAUAUUAUUCACCAUCGACGAAUUGUACGAUCGACGAGCAAUUGCUUGGAUUUCAAGGGCACUUUGAGGCGCGAGUAUACAUGCCGAGCAAACUCGAAAGGUACGGUAUUAAAAUUGUUAGUUUAAACGAUGCACAAACGUCAUACAUGGUCAAUGCUGAGCCUUACGUCGGAAACGUGACAGUAAAUGGAUCGGAGAGUAUGUCGAGUUAUUAUAUUCGUAAAUUGUCCGAGCCACUAUACAAUACCGAACGUAAUAUUACCUGCAACAAUCGGUUUACGUCCGUCGAAAUUGUACAGGACAUGAAGAAGAAAUAUUCUCUGACAAUGGUUGGCACCUUACGGAAAAACAAACGAGAAAUACCUACAUCGUUCACGCAUACGGCUUCAGCCGGCACUGUUCGUUUUGCAUACACGAGUGAUAGUACUUUGGUGUCCUACUGUCCUAAAAGAAAUAAAGUUGUUCUCUUAAUCUCAAGUUUACAUAAAACUGGAGAAAUAGAUAAAAAUAGCGGUAAACCGGAAAUAGUAUUAUUUUACAAUUCUACAAAAGGAGGCACAGACACCUUUGACAAGCUAUGUAAAACUUACUCAACAGCUCGCAUCACUCAGAGAUGGCCUUUACGGCUAUUUUUUGGUAUGCUCGACCAAGCUAACGUUAAUGCCGUCAUAUUAUUCAAUUUGAGGCGAGCUAAUUCAGCUUUGAAUCGUCGGAAUUUCUUGAAGGAGUUAAUAUUAACAUUGACGCAGCCUCAUCUCGAAUCUCGAUUGCGAAAUCAACGUUUACCGAGAAAUAUUAAAAACACGAUUCACGAAAUGCUCGGGAUUGAAGAAGCUCCUAAAGAAAGAGUUGAUAAACUAGGAAAACGAAAAAGAUGUUCAACUUGUAGAAAUGAUAGAAAGACUAUGUAUUGCUGUGCGCUGUGCGCUACGCCAGUAUGCGAAGAGCAUCGUACGCAUUAUUGUAAAGACUGUGCCAUAUAAAUAUUUUGUUUUUAUGUAUUUUUAAAUAUGUAAAUUGAUGAAAAUAAACGUAAUUUAAUGAUUAAUCUGUUAUAAAAAUAAUUUCUUUUCUCGAAUAAAACUUAAUUCUCUUUCUGCCAAAACUCUUCAUUUUCAGAUGUUCAAAUAAUUUAACUUUCUUUUGAAGCCAACAUU